AUGGCACGAGAGAACAUUUCACUGUUUGAGAAUAUGUUUUCACGUCUUAAAGUUUUGAAAUAUAUUAACUUGUCAAGCAAUGAAUUAAUAACUAUUCCUUCAAAAAUGUUCAAGAAUAACAGAGAAAUCGAAGUGAUAAACUUGUCUGACAACAAACUAGACCAAGUGCAUUUCAUCCUAACAGCACUGAAGAAGCUGCAAGUUUUAAAUCUGCAAGGGAAUAACAUUCAUACUUUAGAUCCAAUCUCUAUUGAUAAUUUAAACAGUAUCCAAAACAGAAAUUCCACAGAGGAUUCCCACUUCACUGUCAUUUUGAAGUUUAACCCUUUAUCCUGUUCCAAAUGUGAAACAAAACAAUUUCUUACUUGGCUGGUAUCAACAAACCUUGUCAACGUAACAUCACAGAAUUUAAUGUGUUUCAAUGAGAAUGGUUUGGCGGAACGUAUAAAUGAGAAAACAGUAGAAGAGGUAAAUAAGAUUUGUGAAAGAAAGAAACUCGUUAUUUACACAAGUGUGUCAACUGGGGUUACCGUUCUUAUAUUAGGCAUUGCAUUCUGUAUAGUAUACAAACGAAGAAAGCAUGCAGCUAAAGUACAAAACAGGGCAAAUGUUAUAAAUCUGUUACGAAAAGGCGAAAACAAUUACGAAUUUGCAGCCUUUCUUGCAUUUAGUAGUGACGAUGAGGACUUUGUCUAUACAUAUAUUCUACAUCAGCUAAACGAAAAUCUCCAGCUGAUGACGGGUAUAGAUAGAGAAUUAGUCUGUACCGGUGACCGGCAUUUCCGCCCUGGUUUCUACGUGCACAAUGAAGCGUACAGGCGUCUGGAUACAGCGUCCGUUUUGAUAGUUGUUGCUUCGAACAAUUUCUGCCAAAGUACUUAUUGUCAAAAUGAACUUGACCAGGCCUACGUAAAACAGAAGCCAAUCAUUCUUAUGUUCAUUGAGCAUAUUGACCAAGAACUUAUGACCACAACAAUGAAAGAGUUAUACCAAAGGAAUGUUAGAAUACUGUGGACUGUAGAAAAUGGUGAACACAAAAUGAAAACAACGUGGGAAAAUGUGUGUACAUCUGCUCUGGAUCUUAUACAAUGA